ACAAAGUCGGAGGGACGAUGCACGACGGCACCCCCAACCUUCGUGGGGUUAGCAUCUCUUUCAUGUCAACAUCACCCUGUCUUUACAAAAGAGUGCAUCUUUCACCUUAUUCUACCCUUUAUCCUCACACGCAGCACCCCCCGACAUUCUAGUCCUAGAUCCAACCAAGUCGCAUCGACAAUGUCCGCCGCUAAUUUCGAGAAAGCCGUCGCUGUCGUCCAGGGCAUGCCCAAGGAUGGCCCUGUUCAGCCAACCCAGGCUGAACAGCUCAAGUUCUACGGCCUCUACAAGCAGGCUAACGUCGGUGACGUCAACACCUCUAGGCCAGGCAUGAUGGACUUCACUGGCAAGGCUAAGUGGGACGCUUGGAAGAAGGAGGAGGGCAAGUCUCAGGAAGACGCAAAGAAGGAUUACGUCGAGGCCUUGCUCGCGGUCCUCAACAACCACGCUGACGACGAGCAAGCCCAGGCGUGGAUCAAGGAAAUCACCGCCUAGAUGCAUUCAAGAUGGACGGUUACUCUUUAAAAAACUGUAUUGCACGCAAUUUGGCGACCCGCAUUUGAUAUCACAUCGGGAUUCGAGCCAUAAAG